AUGUUUCCUGAGUCUGUGUUCCCCGACGAGUACAAUCUGGAAGUCUAUAAGAGAAGACUGAACAGAUGUCUUCUAGGCGCGCGCUCCAUUUUAGGCCACAUAACGAUCGCAACAACUACAACUCGAGCUAGCCGGGUUCACUUGGCUAAAUACAAUAUUAAAAUAUGGAGAGGAAAAUGUUUUUGGGAGGGUCGGCUAGCACCUAUCACGAGAUCUAUUAUGAUGUUGUCUUGGAAUUUACGCUGGCAGGCUUUAGUCUUAUUUGUUAUUAUCUACAAAUACAUUAUUCAUUUCCUUGUGGCCUAUUAUUUGGAUGAUAAUUGGGAGUUCUUAGACUUUUUCGUAAUGGCUGGUGAAGUGAUAUUCAUGAUUGAUGUUUUCCUUCACUGUCUGCAUUCUUUUUGGCCAAUAUUGCGACUUCAUAUACGAGUAUAUCGAGUCAAUUUCGCGUUAUUAACUUACGAUCUGAUAACUCUUAUGCCACUGACUAUUAUAUUCAAAUAUAAAAAAGAACAUAAGGCCGUGGUGUUAUUUGGCCGGUGGCUCGAAAUAUGCCGUAUAUAUAGGCUCUUCGUGUUUUUCCAGAGUUUAAAUGACGCUUUGGGUAGCUGUAGGAAAAAGCUAUAUCUAUUGGAGCAUAUCCUUAUAGUAGUAUUGGUUUUGCACGGUGGUAGCUGCCUGUGGUACUACCUUCACCGACCAUCUCUUGCAGCCUUGAAGUGGGAGCACCUCGGGUAUACGUCCCGGGUUAAUUUACAGAAAAUGCAUUUUCACAACUAUCUCAAUUGCUGGUAUUACUGCGCGUGCCGACUGUUUAAUUGCAUUUUUGGCGACGCAUUUCCACUGCAUGGCUUAGAAAAAUGGCUGACAUCAUUCUUAAUGCUUUUCGGAUAUGUGUUCAUACGAUACCGUUUUAUUGGUAGUUUGGCCUGGGAAUUUGUUCUCGAAAAACGACGAUGGUCUGUCUUUGUGGAUCAGUAUCAUCAUAUGGUUCGAUACCUGAAAUUCCGUGGCGCUCCUGAAAACUUGAUAGAACAGGCAAAGCAAUAUAAAGAACAGCUAUGGCAGAUGAAGGAAGGAGUUCUGACGUCAGCGCAUUUACAGAAGUUGCCCUUUCCAUUCCAAAUGGAACUAAUUUUCGAUAUCAAUGUCGGCCAUUUCCACGAUUCUUUAUUAUUAAGAGAUAUCGACGAGGCAUUUAUGCGGCACAUUUCCUUGUUAAUGAGGCACGAAUUAUACUUAAGCGGUCAACACAUUUGGAAUCAAGGUGUGGUUAAGGCUGGAAUGAUUUGCGUGAAGCGGGGUGUUAUAGAAAUGCUUUCUGAUGAGGACGAUGAGAGCCCAAUGAUCGCUUUUAGGGAGGGAACUGUAUUGGGCGAGAUAAGCCUAUUCUAUUCAAUACCGUCAAAGGUUUCAGUGAAAGCUGCAACGUACGUUGAACUACAGGUAUUACGUCGUACUGAUUUUCUACGAGCAAUGACAGAAAACCCAGCCAUGCUGCAGCAAAUUCGCGAAAAGGUUGAUGAACGAUUGUAUAAAUCAAAAGAGACGCAGGAAGCAAUCGCCAAAUAUGAUCAAAUCGAUUCACGUAUGAUUCGCACUCGCUAUCGGCCAAUGAAAGUACUCAAAGACCAUUUAUCUGGCGUCGAAGAGGAAGAUCCUACAUUUAUUGACGAUUCCCAUAUGUACUAUAGAGACGAAAAUAACAUAAGGCACAGGAAAUUUACAACCGAUUAUCUGGAGCUCUAUAAAGUUACGUGUAAUGUGACCACUGUUGAUUCACCCCGGCUUUGUCUUAGAGCGAGUUUUCCGUGGAUACUGGAGCCUAAUACCGAUUUUACUCUAAUGUUCGACGUGGCGCAUUUCAUCAUGGUAUUGUACGUGUGCUUUAUGUCGCCCCACUUCGCCUUGGACUCGGUACAACACGAUUGGGAGAGGGUGCUGAGUACAGUCGUGAUUGCUGGAUUGUUGCUCAACAUUUAUAUACAGCUGACGACCGCUAUUGUGGAGAAAAACGUGAGGAAAGAAACCGUGAAGGAGAUAGCUGAGGAAAAAAUGGCCACUGUCGGGUUUUAUCUUGACGUAUUAUCGGUAUUUCCGAUAUAUAUUUUUACUGACACCCUCGAUCCGGGCGGAGAAACGAUAAUGAGUCAAUUAGCUGUUAUAUUCCCUGUUUUGCAAGUGUGGCACGUAUGGGACUAUAUGAAUCAAUGGGGAAAGAAGUUUAAUAGUAAUGCUAAGUUACUUUGCUUAGUGAAAUAUUUCUUAAUAUUUAUUAUAUUUUGUUACUGGUCUGGAUGUCUGUUGUAUUUGACAGCUUGCCCGAGGAAAUUGUGUAAUGAGAAGUCAUGGUUAUCCCAAUUAAUAUACUGGGAAACAAAAGUUUUCGUGACGAUCAACGCAAAACAUGAAAAGCCUAUGGUGACGUCACUUUCGUUUGGGACUGCAGUGUUCACUGGAAAUGGGAUGUCGGAUAUUGCCCCCGGAUUCGGAGAUGUGUUGUUGGUCGUUGUGCUGUUGGUGUUAGGGAUGUACUUAAGUUGUUUCUACGUCGCAAACGUGUGCAGUGUCUUCUUACUGGGGACCCAGCGGAAAUUGAAAUUUAAGGAUUCCAUGAGGGAACUAUUUUAUUUUCUCUCUGUGAAUCAUGUCAGCGGAAAAAUUAAAUCGAGAGUAAAAAAAUUUUUCUGUGUGCAGUGGUACUAUAAUAGUGCUGUAACUAGCCAAGAAAUAUUUAAAGAUAUGUCAAGCAAUAUACAACAAGAAAUUUCAGCCAUAGAGAUGAUGGAUACGUUGCUUUGUUGUCCUUUGUUUCAGGAUUGCAGUCGUGAUUUUUUACAAACUGUUGUUGCUAAUACUAGGACAAUUGUGUUACCGGAUAAUGAAAUAGUGCAACAUGCCGGUGAUAUUGGGAGAGAUAUGUAUAUAAUACAGAAGGGUUACUGUAACAAGCUCAAUAAUAUGGGAAAAGUUGUGGCUUCAGUUUAUCCGGGGGACUUCUUCGGAAGCACUGAAAUGUUAUAUGGACUUCCUAAAGUAUAUACCGUGCUGACAACGACAAAUUGCAUAUUACUGCAUUUGGAGUACACUGCCCUGGUACAAUGCUGGAGCACCUUCCCCGACAUCACUCACCCCAUUAUCGCGACUCUUGAAGACGAGGAGAUACGUCGACAGGCGUCGCAGUUUGAGGACGCUAAGCUCCUCGUCGGCAGAAUAGACGUCAAAACGAAUAGAAUAGCGCAAGAAAUAAAGGAAAGUUUCGUUAUAUUGAGUAGUCAGAGAGAAAAGCUACAGUACGUUGAAGCCUUUGAAAACUUGGGAAUUAUGAAAUAUAUUCGCUACAUAUUUCUGCCUGGUACUAUAACGCCUCAUGGAUUAUUUUUAAAAGGAUGGUGUACAUUGCGUUUUCUGUUCGCCAUUCAUUAUGCACUGAUAAUUCCGUAUAAUAUUGCUACAAAACAAAACAAAUUCGGCGGUGGUUAUAACUGGGCGGACAUAUUUCUUUACUUGGAUAUUGUUGUGAUGUCUUACGUGGCGUACUAUAAUGAAAAAUCCUUAUUAGUAACCCAUCCACUCCUCACUGUUUCUCGAUAUCUAAAGCAUGCCUUCAUAUUGGAUAUUUUGAGCGUAUUUCCGUUUGAAGAAUUGCUGAGGGUAAUAAACGACCACUCGGAUCUUGAUCUAUAUCGCAUAAAUAGAAUGUUAUUGGUGACCCGAAUAACGAGUACAUUUUCGUACUGGGAAAGUGAUAUAAUGCGUGUGAAUCAGGUCGUAGUUCUACUGAAGUUCCUACCUCUUGUGAUAACAAUAGUCAACUUCGCGACCUCCUUCGUCUUUAUGAAUUCGUGUGUGACGUACACGGACAGGAGAUCUUACAAUAUCCUAGUCAAUUGUUCCAAAGUGUUUCUGCUUUCACAAAAUGCUAAUAAUGAAAUAAGAUAUGCAAUCACAGAAUAUAUACGAAUAUUUUAUUGGGUGUUCGAAGUGUUUGUAGGAUGCGGUUGUACACCUGUAGUAGUCGCAAAUACAGUGGACGUUUGGCUCACUAUGGUGUUGCAAAUUACCGGAGUCCUUUACUUUGCCUUUAUGUUUGGAUACGUUGCUUCUACGAGAUCAGCUGCAGUUCACGGUUUACUUGAACAUAAUGAAAAUACGAGGGAUUUAGAGAACUUUUUGUAUCAAGAGAAUGUGGAUCCCAUACUCACUGUGAAAACUUUGAAGUAUUUCGAAUAUGUAUGGAAGAGGACGCACGGGAGCAAUCCGCAGGAAAUCUGUCGCGGUCUAAAUUCAGCGUUGAUGGAAGACACUCUAGUGUUUAUGUACGAGAGAGCGCUACGGGAGGUGCCGCUCUUCGGUAAAGUGGAACGUUCCUUUAUCAGAGUCAUUACGCAGCAUCUAAACGAAAUGUACUUCCUGAAGGGCGAUACCGUCGUGCAGUGCAAAGAUAUACAGACGAACAUUUAUAUCAUCUAUAGGGGCAAGGUUGACGUAUUAAGCUCAUAUAAUGAAAUGAUUACGUGUAUGGGAACCGGUGGCAUGUUUGGCAAUUUUACUGGACAACCCAUGUCUAGUUCCGAAGUGGCUAUUUACGCAAGUCGAAGUCUAGAUUUGCUUGUAAUACCUUCGCAGACAUUCUUCAACUUGGUAAAAUAUUAUCCCAAAAUACAAGCUCCUUUAGAAAAGGCGUUUGAAGUUUCUAAAGACUAUAUAUUACCGAUUUCAAUGGACAAUGAAGAUGAUGAAUCGUCUGAAGGUUCUGACUUCGACAAUCUCUCACAAGGAACAGGCUAUGAUUCCAGGAGCGGAUCUAGUCGUUUCGACUUUGGUACUAUAUCAGUACGUAGUUCUCAGUCUACGAGUAAUGUGAGUCAAGCCAAGUCCGCGGCAAGCGUGUUGACUUACCAGAGUUACAUGGACGUCAAUAAUUUGUUAAAACCAGGUUCUAGAUUGUUUCAGGGAUUUGGAUAUUUGACUAGUAUUAUGGCAACAUGUAACUAUAUUUUGACUCUAUACGAAGUAAUCACUUUAAAUGAUUGUAAUAUUAUAUUUUGGUUACAAUCUUUAUGCGAUGUAUUUUUCUAUUUGAAGAUUUAUUUAAGCAUGCAUCAGGGGUAUGUGAACAGACAUGGCGAGCUGGUAAUGAAUUCAGUUAAAUGCCGAAAGCGAUAUUACAAACAUAAAUUGUGGGUUUGGAGCGAUCUGCUCGCUAACUUGCCGCUCGAAUUGUUUGGCUUCUGUUUUCCGCAUCCAGUAUUUGCAAUGCAUUACUUCCGUAUCAACAAACUGUUUCGACUCAAAUACCUAGUGGAGUUCUAUCGCAAGACGUCAGCGGAACUAACAAACAAUCUCACUACUCUGCAGACUGCAAUGACGGUAUUCGUUGUAGCUCUGUUGAUUCACACUUUAACUUGUAUUUGGUUGCUGUCUCUUAUGGCCGUAUCGCCGAUCAGUAUCAUCCGAACACUCAAAAUGCAUCUACUUGAUGAAGACACUCCACAAAGGCGGUGGGAUUACACCACGUCCAUCUAUUUAGUAGUGUCCGAACUAACUUCAACUGGGGGCGAUGAGUUCGUAGUCGGUGAAGCGAUUUCUAUGAUCAUUUUAGCCAUUUGCCUUAUCUGUGGUAAAAUUUUGGCGGCAAUUGUCGUUGCGACGUCGAUACAAAUUGCAUACUCCACUAAGUAUGCCUUGAAUAACUAUGAGAUGGCGACUAGAGAAUUGAUUGAUUAUUUGAAGAAUCAAGGAUUGUCGAAAUACCAAAUAAAAAAGUUUUGGACAUAUGUACGCCAGCUUUGGGUCACGGAGCGCGGAAGACAGUUGCCAAUACUUUUAUCGAAAACACCGUAUGUAUUGCGGUGCGACUUAAUGUCAGCAAUGUUCGGUCAGCAUUUGCGGAAUUGUUAUGUAUUUGCUGACACCGGGGAACCCUUUCUUCGUCAGUUAACUGUUGCAUUGGACUAUAAAGUUUACUUUCCCGGUAAUUAUAUAGUAGUAGCUGGAGACAGUGAGGCUAGAAUGCACUGGGUGGCGAGCGGGACAGUGUCGGUGCUGUCAGUGAGAGCCGACUUCACGGAGACAACCCACGAGGUCCUGGUGCCAGGCGAUGUGUUUGGGAUCAUGCAGGGGCUGAAUAGGGGCAUAUGCCACUGUUUCUCUUAUAGAGCUGAUACAAGGGUGAGUUUUUUGACAUUGUCUUUGGAUUCUUGGAUCAACAUAUUACAGUAUUUUCCAGAAGCCAAGAGAAUAAUAACAGAACGAUCAGAAAUAUUGUUUACAAAAAUUUAA